AUUACACACUUAAGCAUGAUUAAGGCUACCAUAUAUAUUCAUAAUCUCUUGCUAAUCACAACAGAAUUCACACACUCCAAGAUUGGAUCUCAAAACCAUUCCAAUUCUCUCAACUUUUAUCAAGAACACAAAUCUUCAAAUUCAUCAAACUUCUUCAUUCUUCAACCAAUUUUCGAAAUUCUUUUUGCAUCGAACUCCAUUAAUCAUCUUCUCAAACUGUUUUUGGAGAUUGGAGCCUAAGGAGCUGGAAAACGCAGCUGUCCAAAAUUCAUCCGUUAAUGGCAAAUCGCGAUUGUGGACAAUAGGAGUGGAAGUAAUUGAAACGGAGCAUAGCAUUCACCUUCUAUAUACUUCUUGUGCAUCUGUUUUGAAGAGUUGGAGCUUAAAGCCGCGAUUUACACACUGCCAUUGCCGGUACUUUAGUUGCUCAGUUCCUUGUGAACUAUUGCUUUGCUUUGCUUAAGCAACUUGCAUUUGAGGGACACUUUUGAUCGAGAUUCUGGUUGAGAGAUUUCUGCUCCAGUAUGAGGACCGGUUUGAAGAACAACAUUGCUUACAGUUUCUUUGAUCCAGAGAUUGGUGUGCUCAAGGAUAUGAUAGCAUUGAUUACUCCUGACCAUGUGGGAAUGUUUAGAGAGUCAUACGGCGGUAUUCUGAAGAUGGUUUUCAGACUCACUGACUGCGACAGGAGCGCCAUCCACACUCUUCUUCAGUUCUAUGACCCUGGGUUGAGGUGUUUCGUUUUUCCAGACUAUCUGUUGGGACCUCUGAUGGAGGAUUAUGUCAGCAUCCUGGGUAUUCAGAUCCGUGAUCAGAUUCCUUUUCAUGUCACCAGAGCAGAGCCAGAUGUCCUUGGAAUUUCACGUGCUCUUUAUUUGAGUCCGGAAAUGGUCAAGGAAGGUUUGAAGGAAAAAGGAAAGCUACCCGGGUUUCAUUUGAGUUUCUUGGAGGCCAAUGCCAAGGAACAUGCUGCUGUGGGUAACUGGAAGACGGUCUGUGCUCUGAUUGCUGUGAGCAUUUAUGGGAUUGUGUUGUUUCCUAACCAGAAGAAUUUUGUGGACCAUAAUGCUAUCAGAUUGUUUAUGCAGAGAAACCCUAUUCCUACCCUGAUUGGAGAUGUCUACUAUUCAGUGCAUAACAGGAAUGAGAAGAGGCGUGGGGGUCUGGUCAGAUGCUGCUCUCAGUUGCUCUUUAGAUGGUUCAUGGGGUAUUUGCCUUCCCGAGGUGCUUUUGUUCAGAUUGACCCUAGUGUCAAGUGGUCCUUCCGAUUGAUGGGUCUGCGGGCUGAUGACAUUGCUUGGACUCAUAAUGGUUUAGCUGGUCAGGACUUCAUCUGCAGUUGCGGGAGUUUACCUAAUGUGCCUUUAGUGGGAGUUCAGGGUUGCAUUAAUUACAACCCGAUGCUUCUCCGGAGACAGAUGGGGUUUGCUAUAGAGGGUCCUCCUCUCGGGCGAGAGAUUCAGGAGUCCUUCUAUUUCCCGAUUGAUGGUAACCAGACCAAGUUGAGGCAGGUAUUGGACGAAUGGCGAGAUAUCCAGAGGAGGGGUAAGGUUCCUUAUGGCAAAGUCAACUGCCGGUAUUUUCCACUAUUUGAGGAUUGGUUGCGGAAGAGGAUUGAGUCUACAUUUCUACCGUUUCCUGGAGGUGACUCUGUGUGUCCUAGGAUCGAGGGUCCAAGUUCUUCUGUCAGCAUGGAAGAAUUCCUUGAGAUGAAGAGGGCUAGAGAUCAGUUACUUGCGGAGAAAGCGGAGUUAGAGAUGACUGUUGCUCGGAUUCAGACAUCCAACCAAGAGAUGAAAGUAAAGAUGGAAGAUCAGGACAAGCGGCAUGCCUUGGAGGCCAAACGCUUCGAGAUGGAUACAACCUACUAUGGGAAGAUCAGCCAGGCCUUAGCAUCAUCUAACAAGGAGCAUGACAUCACCAAGGAGAAGCUGUUCAGAGCAUCGAAGGUGAUUGAGGAUGAGAAGAGGAGGCAAAUCCUUGCCAAGGAACAGAGAGAUGAGAGAGCCAGAGUUCUUGCUGCAGAGUGGGAAGCGGAGAAGGCAAAGAUCAGGGCUGAGAGAGAUCAUUACCUAGCUGAGAGAGACCAUUACUUCAGGCAGAUGAAGAUUCAUCAGAAGGAAGUUGGAAGACUACAGCAGGAGAACACCGAGCUCAGGUUCGCCGCAGAGUUCGCGAGGAUGGAAGAUGAGAUAGGGCCACCUGCGGGACCCUCAUCUAGCUAGAUCUUUCAUUUGUGUUGGAUUACCGUCAGGCUUGUUGACGGAAUUCACUUGUUUGUAUUUCUUUUCCUGAUUCUGGAGGAUUGUAUUUGGCUUUAUCUGAGUUGAUGUAUGACU